AUGAGAAAGAUUUGGAGUAGAAAGGAUAAGGAGAAACGGAAAAGUAUUUCCACCCCGACGAAAUCAAGUAUCGGUGGUAAUAAUUCACCAUUGGUGCAACAAGGCUCACUAGCAGAUUUGAAUGGGAGCAAUACCACACUAUCACUGUCUGAGUAUAACCCAGAUUCCACUUACCACUAUGACAAUGAUAUAUCGUCAAUCUUGGAGGAAUCAUUGACUACUAAUACAUCAACCACAGAUAGAUAUCCCACUAGUGGAGGUAGCAAAACGACAUCAAUUGGAGAUGGCACCAGGUAUACCUUUCCAAAUGCGACAACUUCUAUAAACUCAAAUAGCAAUACCAAGCUAAGAGGGCAAGUGUCGAGUUCCGACAGUAGACAAGCUGUAAAGUUUCUGGACUUGAUAAGACAAAACCAUGAUGCUACAUUGGUGAAGCACAGCUGGGUCAAUGUGAUUGGCAGUAAUUACGAUGUUAAGGAAUCCAAUUUGAAACUUUACCGAGCCGAAUUGAAGGGAUCACAUUUAUACUUGUACAAACCACCAUCGUCAUUGAAUAUAAAGAGGUUCAAGGUGAAUGAGCCACUAAUAGAAGAGCCGGCUAACGAAAAAGUCAAACGGAUAGAUCUGAAUCAGCCAAAUGAUGCCACCAGUGAUGUUUCAACAUUGAUUGCUGACGCCAAACUGGUUGACACAAACCGACUUGGUACUACACUGUUGCAUAAUCAAUCAAUCAUACUGACACCUUCCGGGGCUACAAAUAACUCGUUCAAUCCAGCAAAUACAGUAGGUGCACCGCUACGAAGUAAUCCUUAUUCAGAACCAGGGAAAGACUCGAAACCGUUGGAUGAACCAUCCAUUAACACGACCAUACCUCCAAUUUCCUAUUACAAAACCUCGGUGCCUCAUCCCAACCUUUGCUACGACUUCCAAAAGCAUCACUUUCAAACGCCUCUAUUCACCGAGACUAAUAACAAUGUUGAAUCGGUUAUUCAUUUUUUUUGUUUUGUCAAUGAUUCUCGUGAUGAUACAGCUGUGCAUACAAUAAUCCACACAUUGCCAAUAUUGCCCGACUUUGGUUACUUGCUCAAAUACAUUACAUUUUACUUGGGAGAGAUUUUCCACGACAAAUUCGAGGGAGAAAUGGAGAAAAAUUUAAUAAUUGAAAGAGUUCUUGCACUUUUAUACAGUAUUGAACGGCACUUUGAAGGGUUUCUUUUAAAAUCCGACACGGCACCUUAUAUCUUGAAAAUAUUGGAAAACUUGUCACUGCAAAAUACACAUUUGGAUAAAAUUGGCAAAUUUAAACUGGAAAUGUUACGAAAACAACAGUUGCUUAUUCAAUUGGUGAGUAACGACAACUUACCGGGUAAUAUACAACCGUUCAAGGAUUUGGACUCACAAACAUUUAUGAGAGAUAUCAAGUUGACUGAUUUCGCUCAAGUUAUUAGCGAGAUUGACUUGAAAUACUUUUCCAAUUGGAACUCAAAUUUAGACAAGUCUUUAUUGUUGUAUUCUGCAAUCAAUGGCAAAGAUUCAACGAAGGAUUCUUUUUACAAAAAGAACCCGUUAAUAUUCAACAACAACUACCAUAUUCAUUACCUUUCACGAUUGUUGAUCAAUCAUAUAUUCAUUGAAAACGGCACUGCAUCUAGGACAUUUGCCGUUAUGGAAACUAAAGCGCGCAUUCUUGAGAAAUGGAUUGACUUGGGGUGUUUAUUAGACAAAUCGGGUAACAUGUCGUCUUGGUUGGGCAUUUCUUCAGUAAUUUUGUCGCAACCGGUGUUGCGAUUGACAAAAAUUUGGUCACUUGUGUCACCGGACUAUAUCAAGUUGUUGAAACACGAUUGGUCACCAGUAUUAUUUGAAUUGGAUAGAAGGUAUCUUGUCAACGACUCCAAAAUGAUUAGACCGCCAAAUAUUGAUAACGUCAAAUCACCUAAUUUGGCAAGUGAAGAUCGUGAGUUUCAUUCGAAAAACUCGUAUCAUAUAAUGGCACCAAGAGGAUUGGGCAAAAUUUAUCCCAAGGAGAAGGUUAUUCCUUACUUUGGCGACUUGGUCAUCAACAACAAUGGAUGCUGUACGGACAUUGAUGUUUAUGAGAUGGAGUCGAUAUGGAAAAGGAUCAAUUACUCAUUUGAUCGAUGGAACGACUACUUGUCAAACCUUUCCAAUUUCAAUGAAAUCAUCAAGUACAAUGAAGACGUAUUGCGGAGGUAUGAUACAAUGGGAUUCAUAUUCUCCAAUGAAAGCUUGAACCAAGUGUUAUACCUUGGUGCUAAUAACAAUAAUGCCAGUGACAAUGACAAGUUGAUGGUAUCGGAACGUAAAUUGACUGCAGCUGAAAAUGCCAAACGUGUUGAUUUGAAAAAUAAGUUGUUGAGAUUGAUUGAAUUGAAUUGUGACUCAAUGAAUUUGGAAAAUAUCAUGUCAUUGUCGCUUCAAUUGGAGCCAGAUUUACCAGAAGCAUAUUUACACAAUUCAGCAUCGAUUAGCUCCCCAAAUCCCCACAAUUUGUUACGUUUGAAAACUGGUAAUUUUUCUGGCGUGUCAAUAAAUUCAGUGGAGUCACUGGCAACUACAACGACCAGUGAGGGGGGCUUUUCCACCGAUUUUUCACCAACAGCAAGGAUACCCACAUUCAACAAUAUGUAUUUCCGGUUGAAUCUACUCAAGUAUGACGAGCUCGCAUCAGCGGAAGAUAAACAUUUACCACUUGAUCCUAGUGUCAACAAACACAAUUUUGUUAUUGACGAUGAGUUGACGUUUAGGGUUGAUGACUUUGUUGCUGAUAUGGCUGAUCAAACGAGUACCGGUGGGCUCAAUUCAGUGGUUGAGGAUUACGUUGCUGGAGUUGAUGAUGAUGAUGACAUUCCUGGAUUGGGCAUCGAUGUUGAUGAUAUUCUCAACUCCGACAAGUUCAAUAAUCUCACCAUGUCACCAAAAAUGAGUAGUCAUAGACAUAGACGAUCUACUAGUGGGGGUGGAUUAGACAACAGAAGCUCAAUGUUGACCGAGGGAACAAAUAUGAGAAAAUUGUACAAGUUUAUCCCCAAGUAUGCCACAGUGGACAAGCUCAUUGAUUUGUUAUUAUUGGAAGGAAAGUACUUCCAUGAGGAUAUACACUUGGAUUUAACUGAGUACCGAUUUGUAUUUUUGUUGAAUUACAAUUCAUUCAUGACGACAAAGGAGUUGUUGGAUAAACUUGCUCAUCGUUUUGUCAAUUCCGGGAAUGCGGUGUUAUCAGUAAUGAAGAAGAAUUAUUUGAUGAAAAAAAGCAGUUUGAAACGCGCCGAUGUCGAUCAUGAAUCAAAUCCAACACAUCCAAACUUGCCCGUUGAUUUCCCCAAUUGGGAUUUGGAUCCGGAGAUUGAUCUCAAUGAGUUGGGCGAGGUUGAUUAUGAGUUAUUGCUAAAGAUUCAGAUCAAUAUCUUGAAAGUGUUGAUUGUUUUGAUUAACAGUUUCUACUCCAACUUUUCAUUAAAUUUAGCCAACAAGAACAUUUUGAUUAAAUUGUUGAAGUUGUUUAGUAAUGAGAUUUUACAAUGGUACAAUUCAAACAAAAUUGAUGCUUCACUUGAAAAAUCAUUUGAGAGUUUGGUGACUUACUACAAAAAAUUGAAAAAGAUAUUUGUGAAAAAGACGUAUCGUCCCAUUGAGAUUACCAAAUUUAACAACUAUUUGAUUAAUGAAUUUCGUUUCAAUAAUUCUUUGCAUGAAGUACCAGUGAAUCGAAACCUCCCUAGUCAUAAAAACAUUCACAAAAUUGAGAAAUUCCUUAACAAGUUCAAUAAAUUAUUGACGGUUUUCUACAAGGGGAUUCGAGCCGAGGAUUGGAUCAAAGUGUUUAAAAUUUUGGAAAAUUCAUUUGAAUUAAAUGCAUUAUUUGAUUUCAAUUUACAAAAGACCAAUGUCCCCGAGGAUCAAAUGAUUAUAUCCAAUGUGUUUAAUUUUUUUGAAACAUUGGUUUCUCCAACUGAACGACAAUUGAUUUUGAAAAAAUUUCCCAUCGUUUUCCGCAAAUUGUUCAAGUUGUAUUUCCGAUUCAAAACAUAUUUGCUAGUCCAGUUGACUGAUGUUAAUAUCUCGAGUGAGGAGAGACUCGAUAGAAUGAAGACGUUAUUGAUUAUGGCAAAAGUAUCCAAAUUAAAAAUGAGUGAUAAUCAGUUUGUAUUUGAAGGAAUGGGUAACGUGCCAUCAUGCAUUGAAACUGCCAUUGUAAAUGUCAUUUAUUCACCCGAGAGUAGAGUUUAUGCCCAUUUAUGGAUUAAAGCGUCCACUGCAUUGGAUCAAAAACCUAGUGAGUUUAAUAACCUUGAUGAUUUGAUACCAUCCAAUAUCGAUAUUGAUGAUUUGCAGUCAACUGAACCGUUGUUGCCAUGUUUUGGAUGGGUUAUUGAAAAUUUGAUAAAUAUUGACAAAUGCCCUUCAUUCCACAAGGGCUUAAUCAAUUUUAACAAGAGAUACUUGAUUUUCAAAUUGAUUAAAGAGUUGGGUGUUGAGGACAUGGAAGGUGGUAAUGGUGAACUGACGGAUUUCUCUACCAAUGAAUCACGUGAAUUUGAUUUUUUGUUAAAAUUGGAUGAAUCAUUGGUUGUCAAGCGUGCUAAUGACUUGGUGGUUCAUGAUCGGGAUCGUGUGCCAUUUUUGAAGCAAGUUAUUGCCGAGCAACAUCGUAUUUUGAUGAUUGACAAUCAAAAGAAAAAUCAACGUGAUGCUAAAACUGGAUUGAAUCAGCAAAGUUUGGCCAGUGCUACGAGCAAUAUGCAUACAAUUACACGCAAGCCUUCAAACACCUCCUUGAGAAGACAAUCAUUGACGUAUAAAUCCAAUCCUGGUUCAAGGUUUAAAUUAAGUGGAAUUUUUUCCAAAACGAAAUCGUUUUCACUUCUGGGUGGGAAUAAUAAUAAUAAUGGCGGUGGCGGCGGCAGUGGCAAUGGUGGUUCAGGCUCUAGCUCUUCUUCAUCCAUGGAAAAAACAAUUUGUGCCAAUGAGUUGCCCAACCCCGAUAUACAUGCCGAAGGAAAGCAAAAACCCUCCAUUGUUAUUGCAUUAAAGAGCAAAAAAAUUUUCCCCGUCUAUUUACUCCCCUUUGGUUUCAAAAUCGAUUCUGAUUCAAAUGAUGGCGGUGAGUACUUUUUACAAACCACCAAUGAUGAUGAUUUAAACGAUUGGCUAAUCAAAUUAAACUAUGCCAAUCGUCAUUGGUUUUAUUCAAGAAUAUUAAAUCUUAAAACAAGCAAUAAUCAAAACUUGGUGUUUGGAAUCCCCUUGAGUUUUGUUACAUCCCGUGAACAAUCAAUGGUUCCACGAUUUUUGCAAUUGAUUUUCAAUGAAAUUGAAACUUUUGGAAUCAAGGAUAUUGGAGUUUAUCGAAUUAGUUCAUCAAUUUCUGAUUUGAACAGUUUGAAACUGAGUAUUGAUCGAUAUGGAACUAUUUCUCCUGGAGUGAAUGAUGUGCAUGUAUUGACUGGGGUGGUUAAAUCAUAUUUGAGAGAGUUGCCGGAUGCGUUAUUGACUGAUGAGGUUAUUAGACAAUUUUUCCAAAUUAAUAGGGACAAAAGGAGUGGCAGCGAGAAGCAAAAUGGGAAUGAUAAUGGAAAUGGACGAGAGGGAACCAUAGCCAAUGAAGGAGCCAAUGAGCAAAACAAUGUUGGUGGUAAUGCCGGUGCUACUAUUGAUGAUGAUGUUGCAGAAUUGAUUCAAUACAAAACAGCAUUGUAUCAGUAUCUCCCACCCACAAAUCUCUCGACAUUGAAAUCAUUGAUUUGUCAUUUGAACAAAGUGAACCAAUUUAAUGAGUUCAAUAGAAUGACAAGUUCGAAUAUUGCUACUGUCAUUGGACCUGCAUUGACUGAAGCUUCCAAUUUAGCGUUGUUGAUUAAUAAUUUUGGCUUUAUUAAUUUGGUGUUGGAGAAGUUGAUUGUUAAUUAUGAGUUUAUUUUUGAGAAUCGGCCUAGACAUCGUAUUGAGAGGAGAGGUAGCGGUGGUGAGGGUGAAAGUAAAGAAAAGAAGGUUAAUGAAGAUGAAGUGGGCGAUGAUGGUGAUGUGGAACGAGAUGAUGUGGAACGACACGAUGUGGUUGUUCCAGUGCCUCCUUCUGCUCCUAGUGCCGUUGAUAGUGACGAAGAGGCUGACAGAAAAAGAGAAGCAGUUGCCGAGGAAAAAGACCGAAUCAUUAAAGUUCGAAGAAGUGUUGAAAGACGAGACGAGAAGCAUGAUGAGUGA